AUGGGGAACUGGGAUGCCUCAUGUGUGGACAAGGAUGAGUUUGCUCUUAAGAUGUGGGAUGAGACGCCCGAAGGAAUGGACAUUGGUGUUUGUUUCAAAUCUCAAUCAGAAGCAAAGCAUGCUGUGAUAUUAUGGAACAUCCAUCAUAAAAGGGAAUAUACAGUCGCCGCGAGUAGUCCAAGGACGUGGGCUGUGCGGUGCAGAACAUUUAAUGUGGAAAGUGAGGAUGGUGAACCACCAUGUGAGUGGAAGAUGCGUGUGUCAUUGAAAGCUCACGGCCUUCAUGAAUUUGUGAGAUGGCAAGAUGCACAUAAUUGCAUGACUCCCGUGAAUGAUAAUGACAAUCGGUGUGUGGACGCGUCUUUGAUUGCUAGACUCAUCAAGAGAAAGGUUGAGGACAACAUAGAUUUUACGGUAGUCGUGGCACAGAAAGAUGUGAAGACCUUAUUGAAAGUAGAUGUGCCAUACAAAAGGGUGUGGCACGGGAGGAGGAAAGCCAUAGAAGCGGUCUAUGGUGAUUGGACCUCGAAUUUCGAAGAACUUCCACAGUAUAUCGCUGCGCUUAAGUUUACUAAUCCUGAAACUGUAGUAGAGUGGGAAUGGAAGGAGGGACAAGAAGAAUUCCGGCGACUCCCUCCACUCAAUCCGGCGACUCCCUCCACUCCCUCCACUCAAUCCGGCGACCCUCCACUCCUCCCGACGACUCCAAUUCCAGAAUUCCCGGUGACUCCCUCCACCUUUCCCGGUGGCUCUCCAAACCCCCCUGGAACAUCAUUCCGACUCUCUCCACCUCCCGGGGACUCCCUCCGACUCUCUCCACCUCCGGCGACUUCCUCUAUUCCUCCCGGCGACCCUGUGAAACUCAUGGUAUGGGCGUAUGAGCGGAUCGAGAUGAUCGCGCCACAAAGAAAAAGAGUAGAUUAUUUGAUUGAUGAGACCGCUCCAUUAGCUCAGCGGUGGGAAUGUAGGUACACCUACGGCGACGCCCCAAGGAGCAGCACCCCACCUUUUAGAGAUCAAUUAACAAGCCUGCAUGUUGAAGAUUUUCAGUGGCAACCAUACGCACAUGUCCUUCAUAGACUCCCUGAUUUUCUGUACACAAGGCCAAGCCAUUUGGACGACCAGGAUGUUCCCAAGCGCCCCAUGAUUAAAGAUAACGCAGCAUUCCUUCUCGAUCACGCCCACAGUAUGUCUAGGUAUCCUAGCAAUAAUUGGGUGGACCACCAUUCCGCAGUACGUCGUCAUUGGAAUAGGAGAGAAGAGUACGUGCUACGAGAUUUGGAGGAAGGAGAUCCUGGUUCCAUAUAUGAGGGGUACUAUGAAUGGUUCAUGGUGAACACUGUUAGACUGAUAUCCAAUCCCGGUAAUUAUGAACCUCAAGGAUACGAGACUUGUUUGAGCCGCGUGAAAUUAUAUGGUGAACUAUUGAACAACAUUCGCGUAAGUACCGAGAGGUUUAGAGAAAAACGAGAAGAUGAUAAUCUCCUAGACGAAGAACUCGACAAGCAUUUGGACGAUAUCAUCAAUCAAACACAUGCUGCUUUAACCUUGGGCGCAAAUGAUGAGAUGGAGGUGGAGGAUACCCAAAUCCUGGUUGAUGAAGAUCCAUCUUUGCUCUCACAACCUCCGCCGGGUAAAAAAGCAAAACCGUGGUCGAGAGAUAAGAUUGGAGGAGGAAGAAAGAGGAAGGUCACAAUCCCCCCUCGGACAUCGCAACAACAAACUGAGGGUCAACAAAAUAAGGAUCAAGCACAUUCUUCUCGAGGCUCGCGCAUCCAGGUCGAGACUCAUUUUGAAGACGCUGGUGGACUCGAGACUUAG